AUGCGCCGCGGCCGCUGGAACGAGAUCUCGAACGAAGUGGAGGAAGCCAGGGAGAAGCUGGCGGCCCAGUUUGACCAGGACCUCACCUGGCGCCUCGCGCGCGAGCGGCGGCGCGGGCGCGACGCGCUCGCUGAGCUGGCGGCAGCGGCCGAGGCGGCGGCGGAGGGCGCGGCCGGCUUGGAGGCGGCGCGCGCGGUCGUGGAGGCGCUGCGGCGGCUGCAGGGGCGGCUGCUGCCCGCAGUUGUGGAAGGGGAAGGGGCAGCGGACGGAGGCGGAGAGCGGUAG